AGUGCGGGCCUACUGGCUCCACAGCUCACCUGCCAGAGCUCUCCGGGUCCAGUAGCGUCGGCGCCAUCUAUCCCCCCACCUGCAUCACCCCCAAGAAUAGUAUCAGCACCGUCUCAACCUCAACCACCUCCCGAAUCAAUACCACCACCAGCUCAAGAAGACGGUGUGAGAUUACGAAGGGCGCAUACGGUCGCUGUUAGGGAUUAUUUGAAAAGGGAGACGCAAACAUUUUUUGGAGUUCAGAGAGAUAAUGAGCGGGAACAAAGGAGGCUGUGGUUCGAGAGGCGGAGAAGGCAUGCGGCGCGGGCGCUCGGUGACCUUAGGCCUGAUCUGCCGCCCGAUCACCAUCCUGAUGAUGACGAUAUUAGUAUGUACGGAGCAUCGGGUGCGGCGCCAAGAGAGGCGCGGGGGCAAACGAGGGAGCGGCCCGACGUGCUACCAGCGCCGGCGCCGCUCGAGCCUCCUGCGCCUGUACCUCCCCGCCCCGGGAAGGACAGUGUCGCAAGGCUCACUCUCACCGGACUCUCUUAUGUUGUUACUGCCGUUACGAGACGAUCGCGUCAAUCGACGUCAGCGCAGUGGUCGCGUUCGUUUCGCACCGCGGCAAGCAGUUCGCACGAUGUCGUCGAUGUCGACGACGUUUUCUUCGCGCCGCAGGCGUUGACGUCACCCCUAAACCAGCAGCACCAUGACGAUGGUGAUACCGUUGAUGGAACCAAAGGAGCUCGGUCGCCUAUCGGGUCUUCGAAUGUGGAGUAUAGAAGACCAGACAGGAGCGUGUCGUGGGGAGCUGGAGGAAUCCGCAUCCAUACUCCUAUGCUCGAACCUCUAGCAGACAAUUCAAAUAGGAGGCAGUUCGGAAUGGGCGUUGUUGGAAGAUUUUUCAGGCGAUCCCUUCGUAAAUCAGUCACACAUCAAGAAGAAGUAGCUCAACAGUUGGACGAGCUCACAGACUACAGGCCAUACUUCACGUGGUGGGUCAGCACGGUGCAAACGCUGGUGCUUCUCUUGUCUCUGCUGUGCUACGGCUUCGGACCAGUCGGCUUUGGAAGGCAUACGCAUUCCGGACAGGUGCUGGUGAAGAGCCUUAGUUUACAGCAGGUUGAGUGGGAAGAACCAGCGUCGUUUUGGCUGGGACCCAGGGCAGCCGAUCUUAUACAUUUAGGAGCUAAGUUUGCACCAUGCAUGCGGAAGGACGCGAGGAUAGCAAGAGCGAUAGCUGCUUCAGCAAGAAGGGAGAGAGACACGGCGUGCUGCAUACGGAACGAUGAUUCGGGCUGUGUGCAGUCUUCAAAGGCUGACUGUUCGAUUAGAGGAUUAGUAUCAAAGAACACAAUAUCUACGUGGAAGAAGUGGUCUUCUGGCGAAUCUGGUCCAGGUGGUCGAAUAUCGGGUUCAGUCUGUGGAUUGGAUCCUAAAUUUUGCGAAGCGCCGCGGUCGAUAGCACCUCACGAAUGGCCAGAUGAUAUUACAAAAUGGCCGAUCUGUCGCAAGUCAGUUAUAGACGGUUCAGCGGCUGCCGGCCGAGCUGGUCACGCUGCAGAGCAUAUGGCGUGUGAAGUCAUCGGUCAUCCGUGUUGUAUAGGGGUCCAUGGACAGUGCGUCAUCACUACGAGGGAGCACUGCGAUUUUGUUAAGGGUUAUUUUCACGAAGAAGCUUCGUUAUGUUCACAAGUGUCUUGUCUAGAUGACGUCUGCGGAAUGUUACCGUUUAUGCGCCGUCGUCGUCCCGACCAACUUUAUCGAGCCUGGACAUCAUUGUUCGUGCACGCAGGCCUUUUGCAUCUAGCAGCAACAUUAGCACUCCAGUGGCUCUUCAUGAGAGAUCUAGAGAAGAUGGCGGGCCCAGUGAGAAUAGCGUCGAUAUAUCUUGGUAGCGGCGUCGCUGGUAAUAUGGCUUCUUCGCUCUUCGAACCGUAUAGAGCUGAGGUUGGACCAGCAGGUUCUCACUUUGGCUUACUCGCGUGUUUAAUAGUAGAAGUUAUUGGUGCGUGGCCACUGUUGAGGCAUCCGCGACGAGCCCUUUUAAAACUCAUAGGAAUUGCGAUAGCGCUUUUCUUGCUAGGCCUUUUGCCUUGGAUCGACAAUUUCGCCCAUGUGUUCGGAUUCAUAUUUGGAUUCCUGCUCUCUUACGCGUUGCUGCCGUUCAUAACUUUCGGUACAUACGAGAGGCGGAGGAAGAUUGUACUUGUGUGGAUGUGUUUGGUGUCGGCCGCGGCGAUGUUGUGCGGGUUGAUUGCGUUGUUCUAUGCGGCGCCGGCGUACGAGUGUACGGCGUGCGCGUACUUUACGUGUUUGCCGUUCGCGCCGGAUAUGUGCGCGUCUCAGGAUGUGCGGGUGAGGCAGUUGGAUGGCGUAUGACGGCGCGCGGCCCGGGCGCCCCCGCCGCCGCCGCCCCCUCACCCCGCGCACUUCGAGCGCCCCUCGCAAUUUCAGGCCUGCCGCCGCGUAGCACAAGAAUAAAGUCACCACGUAAAAUGCGGGUCGGUAACUAUGCUGGUCGCUAGCAAGCCGGCGUGAUUUGCAAACCAAGGGACUAAGGGUAUUUAACUAGCAGUGGCAUGCUAGUUAGUGUGUCCUGGGCAUGCUUUAAGGCGGGAUGGUGAUAUAGGAUGUAUAGUUCCUACACUAAUACGAGUUGUCAAAUAUGAAAAUGUGAUUAUUUUCUUAAUUUGCAAUCUGUUUAACCAAAGAGUAUUCCAAACAUGCCAAUGGAAUGAUCUUUAUUAUUCUGGUGCGUAAACUUAAAAAAAGAACAUAUUUUUAGGGUAUAAAUUGAGGUUAAUCUGUCUAGAAAUGUUCAUUACUAGCUUGGAGAUUGGAAAAUGUCCAGCUCUGUGUCUCUGAGCUCUGUCAUAAAUAUAAAGACUUUAAAGGGGUUCAAAACCUAUUUUGUGAUACAAUAGGUACGGAACGGUAGUUUUACGUGGUGCAUUGUCUAAUUUUUAACUGUAUUAAAAUGGGGAAAAAAUUUAAAAUUCUAGAUCGUCUGCCUGUUUAUUGUUCAGCUUAGACCAAUAUAAACACGACACAUCUCAACGAGCCCACCUCAUAUCGUUCACGCCCUGCCAUUGUCAUACUCAACGUUCCUUGUAUUACAAAUUGUGAGGCCUGCCUACGACUAGCACCCGCUUUUGACGCGCCGAAGCCUUAAGCCGCAUAUGAUGUUUUGUCUUCAAAACGGCAAGCACUGAGCUCUCGUCGUAUUAUAAUAAUUUUAAGUACAAAUUUACUUCGACUGUUAUCUUUGAAAUUGACAAUUUUGAAAUUGUAAAUUGUGUGUCAAAAUUAGUUGGUUUAAUAUGCGAUGGGUAACGAAAAGCGUAUUUUAAAGUGAGUGCAAAACUGAUUGGUGAAUGCGUCUUGAUAUUUUCACUGCCAUUGUUGUCAUCUUGUGACCUCACUGUAUUAGUAGUGAUCGGAAAAGGUAUAAUUUGGGUUUAGUGACAACAAACAUUAUAUUAAAAGAUAAGACUUGCGCGGCUCAAAAU